CUAUAUUCAGAUGAAGUUCAAAUUGGUCCAGAAACAGUUAUGACCACUCUUUAUACUGCCAAGAAAUAUGCAGUCCCAGCCUUGGAAGCACACUGUGUGGAAUUUCUCACCAAACAUCUUAGGGCAGAUAAUGCCUUUAUGUUACUUACUCAGGCUCGAUUAUUUGAUGAACCUCAGCUUGCUAGUCUUUGUCUAGAUACAAUAGACAAAAGCACAAUGGAUGCAAUAAGUGCAGAAGGGUUUACUGAUAUUGAUAUAGAUACACUCUGUGCAGUUCUAGAGAGAGACACACUCAGUAUUCGAGAAAGUCGACUUUUUGGAGCUGUUGUACGCUGGGCAGAAGCAGAAUGUCAGAGACAACAAUUACCUGUGACUUUUGGGAAUAAACAAAAAGUUCUAGGAAAAGCACUUUCCUUAAUCCGGUUCCCACUGAUGACAAUUGAGGAAUUUGCAGCAGGUCCUGCUCAAUCUGGAAUUUUGUCAGAUCGUGAAGUGGUAAACCUCUUUCUUCAUUUUACUGUCAACCCUAAACCCCGAGUUGAAUACAUUGACCGACCAAGGUGCUGCCUCAGAGGAAAGGAAUGCUGCAUCAAUAGAUUCCAGCAAGUAGAAAGCCGCUGGGGUUACAGUGGGACGAGUGAUCGAAUCAGGUUCACAGUUAAUAGAAGGAUCUCUAUAGUUGGAUUUGGCUUAUAUGGAUCUAUUCAUGGCCCUACAGAUUAUCAAGUGAAUAUACAGAUCAUUGAAUAUGAGAAAAAACAAACGCUGGGACAGAAUGAUACUGGCUUUAGUUGUGAUGGGACGGCUAACACGUUCAGGGUCAUGUUCAAGGAACCCAUAGAGAUCCUGCCCAAUGUGUGCUACACAGCAUGUGCAACACUCAAAGGUCCAGAUUCCCACUAUGGCACAAAAGGAUUGAAGAAAGUAGUGCAUGAGACACCUGCUGCAAGCAAGACUGUUUUUUUCUUUUUUAGUUCCCCAGGCAAUAAUAAUGGCACUUCAAUAGAAGAUGGACAAAUUCCAGAAAUCAUAUUUUAUACAUAAUUUAGCAUUAUACUACAUCUUGGCAAAAUAGUACCAUACAAUCUAGUGUCAAAAACAUAAAUGGCCACAAAAAAGUAGUUUGAGUGUUAUGAAUAUUUAUAAUCGUAAGAUAAGAAACAGUUUCUUAGAGGAGAUAGAAAAAUGUUUAUUUAAAUCUUUGCAUGAUUUAAAAACAGAUUUUCCAUUUUCUUACAACUUUAGGAGAAAAGAACUGGGUUUAAUGGUUAAAAAAAAAGCACAGCCUUUUCAGCUUCAUCUUGUAUAAUUUCAUAGAUUGGCUGACUUAGGGUCUUUCAAUAGUUUGGAAAUUGAAAGAUUCUUGUUAUAUAUAGCUAGUUUGGGUUUGUUUGUAACUAUUUUGAAGGUUAAUUGAGAUGGGCAAAUAGGCUUAAUUAACUGUUUUGAAGGUUGGAUGAAAAGAGAUGGGUCAGUAUUCCUACAGAAUUCGUAUUAACUAAAUUUCAGAAAAUUAAGAAGCUGACUUUAUAUUUGGGGGUUUGAACUAUCUAGUUGUUAGCAUUUGUAAUAAUGCUAAAAAAAGGCCUAAUAAAAUGCCCAAGAAAAUUUUCAGUGCAUUUACAGAGAAGGAUAUUUUGUAGUAGUAAUGUGUUAUGUAGUACAGUUUUAAAGCUAUAAAUGGAAUUUUGUGUAAAUUCACAAAAAUGUGAUAUAAACAGGAUCUAAGACUGGAUUCUCUGUCACUAAACUGCACCACUAUACCUGUCUCUCUGUGUGGGGGACACUGCUGAUGGUUCCCAAGACUGAGACGAUGACGGUGAUGACGACUGGGUGAACAGACAUCACUUCAACAUUGUGAAAAUCCUGCACAGCAAGAAACCGAAUAAAAUACUAACAUUUCUAACAACUGCUCUGAUAUUGUAAAGAGAUCCAACAGAAUCACUCCUGCUGAAAAAUACACUUUCUGCCACCUACACAUUUCUAUCUAGGAAGUAAAAUUUGCUUCAUGGUCAUGACCCUAUUAGUCACUGUUACAGCUGUGUUGGGGAUAGGAAGUAUAUCUGGCAGAUUGACAUAUAUACGCUUUUUUAUAAAGCAGAUUUUUAAAAUAUAGUAAGAUUCAUUUUUUCCCUUGAAAGUGAUUCUCUUAUAAAAAAUGUAAGUGGAGUUUAAGGUAUAUCAAAUCGUUGUGGAAGGUGAUUAAAAAUCAAAAUUCUUUUAAGUAUCAAUUUAAUUUUUUCUAAAUAAUAUAUAAAAAUUUUUCAUCCAAAGCAAUAUUUCACUUUAUAUUGUCAAGAAGGUACGUAUGUUGGUGGCUGAGGUCUCCUGAAAUUGCUAAAGGGAAAUUUUUCUGUGGUAAUGCUCUUAUGGAUAUAAACCUCAGUUAAAUGGAAUAUCUAUGGGAUGUGUGGUUCUGGUUAACUAAAAAUUAACCAGUAAACACUCUGUAGUAACCAUUAUACAAAAUACUUCUGCCUUAAAAAAUAUGAUAUGCCAGAGAUGAGUAAGUGUUUCUUGACGGUGGAGACCUUUCAAAUGACCUUUCUGUUGAACUGAACAAUUGAAACUGCAUCAGCCAUAGAAAGGAUAAGAAACAGAACUGUUUACUAACUUUGGGACAUCCCCUGGAAUUUUUAAAAAUAAAUAUAUAUAUGUA